AUGUCUCGACUCUCCGACUACCGAUUACUAUGUUUCGACGUCUACGGCACCCUGAUCGACUGGGAGAACGGCAUUCUCGGCGCACUACAACCACUCCUCACAACCAGCACCACCGAAUUCUCCCGUGAGCACCUGCUGACCCUCUACCAAGAGCUGGAAAGCGAACAGCAGCGCAUAACCCCAGACAUGCCGUACUCCCAACUCCUAGCCACGAUACACCCCCGCCUAGCCGCACGCCUGGGCCUACCCACCCCCAGCGACGCGGACAACGAACGCUUCGGUGCCUCGGUAGGUACCUGGCCCGCCUUCCCAGACACAGUCGAAGCCCUGCACCGUCUCUCGCGUCAGUACAAGCUGGUAGUCCUCUCAAACGUGGACCGGGCCUCCUUCGCCCGCUCCAACGCCGGCAGUCUACAAGGAUUCCCCUUCGACCGCAUCAUCACCGCGCAGGAUGUGGGCUCGUAUAAGCCCGACGUGCGCAAUUUCGCAUACAUGAAGACGACCGUGCAGGAGGAGUUUGGUGUGCGGGCGGGGGAGAUUCUUCAGACGGCGCAGUCGCAGUUUCAUGAUCAUCGGCCGGCGAGGGAGGCGGGGAUUCGGUCGGUGUGGAUUGAAAGGUCUGGUGCCACGAUGGGAAAUACGGAAGAGCAGCCGAUUUGUGAUUGGCGAUUUGAUACCCUGGAGGAGAUGGCAGAUGCCUUGGGUCGGGGGGAGUAG